AUGACAAGAGGUUUCGCUAGCAAGCUGAAGCUAGACGAAACGCCAGUCUACCUGUCGAUUCAAGGCAUUGGAUCGUCGCAAGCAGUGUCGACAAAGCUGAUUACCGCUGUAGUAGGUCCAAGGUCGCCGAACAUAUCGUCGUUCGUCGAAGAAAUGUCAUUUCACGUCUUGCCGAAGUUGACUGUGUCACUGCCGACAGCAAGCUUCUGCAUCGCAACGUGGAAUCUUCCGAAUCCCUCGCUGCUAGCGGAUCCCAAGUUCUUUGAGAUGGGACCGAUAGACAUCAUCAUCGGAGCAGAAUACUAUAUGGAGCUGCUCAAAAACGAACGGCGGAGGGCAACAGACGACGGCCCGACUCUACAAGACACCGUGUUCGGAUGGAUUGUUUCCGGUCCUGUUCCCGAGGGUCCGACUGCUGCAACGUAUUCCCUAACCCACGUUUGUUCGACGGCGGAGAUCCAGGAUCAACUUUCCCGGUUCUGGGAAGUAGAGACUUGCCAGUCAACCAGCACGCUGUCGGUCGAAGAAUCGGCCUGCGAGGAGUUUUUCGACAAAACGACAUUUCGGGACGAAGAAGGGAGGUACGUAGUCACUCUGCCGAAGAAGGAGCGGAUGAUCCAGCAGCUAGGCGACUCCAGAUCUACAGCAAUCAAGCGCUUUUUGGGGGUAGAACGGCGGCUCGCGAUGAAUCCAGAACUGAAGAAGCAGUACGUGGAGUUCAUGCGCGAAUAUCUGGACAUGGGCCACAUGAAGGAGCUUUCCGACGAUGAUGCGAGCGCGUUGUCGUAUUACUUACCUCACCACGCUGUUCUGAAGCCAGACAGCACGACUACGAAGCUGCGUGUCGUUUUCGAUGCCUCCUGCAAGACUUCCAGUGGGAUUUCGCUGAACGAUGCUCUAAUGGUGGGACCCGUUGUGCAGGACAUGAUCGUGGACAUCACACUCCGGUUCCGUACGCACCGAUUCGCCCUCGUAGGAGACGUCGCUCAAAUGUACCGCAUGGUACUGAUGAAUGCAGCCGAUCAGCAGCUGCAAAGGAUCGUUUGGAGAGAUAGCGCUUCUGAGCCGAUCCGUACUUUCGCUCUCACGACAGUCACCUACGGUACAGCGUCCGCUCCAUACCUCGCAACAAAGUGUCUGCAGCGCCUGGCAGAUGAAGGGGAAAAGUCGCAUCCUGCAGCUGCAAAGGUCCUCAGAAAGGACUUCUACGUCGAUGAUAUGCUGUCCGGCGUAGACGAUAUUGAAGAAGGAAAGAUUCUCGUAGGUCAGAUGAUAGAACUACUGCAGUCUGCCGGAUUCUCUUUGCGAAAGUGGAACUCUAACAGCAAAGAGUUGCUGUCAGCGGUGCCGGAGGGUUUGAGAGAUGAGCGCUCGAUUCUGGAGCUAGACUCGUCUACCGCCGCCGUGAAAACGUUAGGCUUGACAUGGGAGCCUAGCACGGACUGCUUCCGAUUCAGUUCGCCAGCUUGGAAUGAGGCCGCGAAGAUUACGAAGCGUUGCGUCUUGUCUGAUGCGUCUCGACUGUUUGACCCGUUAGGACUGGUGGGUCCGGUAAUCAUCCAGGCGAAGAUCUUCCUUCAAGAUCUCUGGAAGCACGACUGCGAGUGGGAUGAACCGCUUAGCUCGCAGCUUCAAGAGCAGUGGCGUGAGUACAGGCGAAAUCUAGUAGGCCUAGACGGGAUUGCAGUUCCCCGAUGGGUUGGAACGAGCCGUAGCACUGAAACGGUUGAGCUGCACGGAUUCUGCGACGCGUCGAACAAGGCAUACGGCGCAUGCGUGUACGUGCGUACUGUGACAGCAGAUGGGAACGUGUCAGUUCACCUGCUGACCUCCAAAUCUCGGGUGGCUUCGCUCGAGAAUUUGAAGAAAAAUAAGAAGUCGCUGUCAACACCUCGCCUAGAGUUGUCCUCGGCACUUCUCCUUGCCCAACUAUACGAGAAAGUCGCCAAAAACAUCAACGUCGUCACCAAGUGCCACUUUUGGACAGACUCGACGAUCGUCGUCUGCUGGCUUUCAUCGUCACCUGCGAGAUGGAAGCAGUUUGUGGCGAAUAGUGUCUCCGAAAUCCAGCACAUUACCAAGGGAAGUGUGUGGAAGCAUGUCGCCGGUGAGGAUAACCCGGCGGACAUUAUUUCACGAGGAAUGAGUCCAGCGCAGCUUCAGUACGAGUCUCGAUGGUUUCACGGACCGAAAUGGUUGAUGUUGGACAACCAGUACUGGCCCAGUUCGGCACAGAUCGACGAGGGCAGUCUCGACCAGGUAGACUUAGAGGAGAAAGCGAUUGUCGCGGCCCUCCCCGCUGUUUCCCCUAGUGAGAUCUUCGGACUUCGUUCGUCGCUGGUGGAUCUAGUUCGGCUGACAGUUCACAUUCGACGGUUCAAGUGGAAUUCAUCGCCGGCGAAUCGGUCCUGUCGGAAAGUAGGCUGCAUCACGUCCCAGGAGUACGAUGACGCAGUCAAGGAGCUGGUGAAGCUUUCGCAGCGGGAAUGCUUUCCACAGGAAUUCGCGGACAUCGCUCGACACGGACAGGUGCAGGAUUCCUCUAGAAUUUCAAACCUCAAUCCCCAAUUAGUUGAAGGCGUAUUGUGCGUUGGCGGCCGGCUGAAGAACGCGGAUGUUCCGGAUAGCAGGAAGCAUCCGUACAUACUCGACCAUCGGCAUCCCUUCACGAAAAUCGUCGUAGUGUAUUACCACCGUAAACACUUCCACGCUGGUCAACAGCAGAUAGUCACGGCAGUUCGAGAGCGAUUCUGGCCAACGAGCGCCAGGAAUCUCGCAAGGCAGGUUAUCCACGAAUGCGUGCAGUGCUUUCGUGCGAAACCGAAAAUCCAGGAGCAGCUGAUGGCCGAUCUACCCCCCGAGCGAGUCAGGCCAUGUUUCCCGUUCCAGAAAGUCGGCGUCGAUUACUGCGGUCCGUUCCACGUUGUGUACCCGCAGCGUCGAGCCCGACCGAUCAAAUGCUUCGUAGCAGUGUACGUGUGCCUAGUUUCCAAAGCGGUGCAUUUGGAGUUAGCGGCUGAUCUGUCGACGCAGGCAUUCCUCGCGACGUUGCAACGGUUCACUGCGCGUCGUGGCAAACCUUCGUUGGUAAUGUGCGACAACGGGACGAACUUCGUCGGCGCUCGGCGAAAGCUGGAUGAGCUAGCCCAGCUGUUCGCGAGUCAGCAGUUCACGGAUGCAGUGCUACGACAGACGAUAGAGGACAGAAUCGAGUUUCGGUUCAUUCCAGCCCGCUCACCGAACUUCGGAGGACUGUGGGAAUCGGCGGUGAAGUCGUUCAAGACCCUGUUCAAGCGAACGAUUGGCACCCGCAGCCUGGAAUACGACAGGAUGCAAACGGUGCUGGCACAGACAGAGGCAAUCUUGAAUUCAAGACCGCUGACCCCGAUCAGCAACGAUCCGGACGACUUCGAAGCCCUCACCCCUGGACACUUCUUGAUCCAGCGGCCGCUGACGGCCAUUUCGGGACCCGAUCUUGGUGGAGUUCCGGAGAAUAGACUUUCGGCUUGGGAAAGAAUGACGGAGUUCACCCAGAGGUUGUGGAAGAAAUGGUCGGAGCAGUAUCUGUCCAACCUUCACAAUCGGACGAAAUGGACGAGGCAGAGGGACAACAUAGCUGUUGGUACUAUGGUUGUUUUGAAGGAGGAGAAUUUGCCACCCUUGAAGUGGCAGUUGGCACGGGUGACCGAGGUUCACCCUGGGUCUGACGGCAACAUCAGAGUUGUGACCGUGCGGACUAAAGACGGCAGUUACCAGCGAGCGAUAUCCAAGAUCUGCGUGCUGCCAAUCCGAGAUAAUUUUCCAUCUGGCGAAGGGGAGAACUAG